CACAGGGGAGUCUUCUGGAGUUUCGAAAGAUGAUUAAUCAAGCCACGAGAAAAAGUGCCAUCCUAAGUUAUUAUGGGUACGGCUGCUACUGCGGGUCUGAUGGCAGAGGGGAACCGAAGGAUGCGACAGAUUGGUGCUGCCGAGCUCAUCACUGCUGUUACGAAAGGCUAAAAGCUAAUGGAUGUUAUGGGAACAGACAGCGAUAUAGUUACACCUACAAAGACGGAGACAUCCUGUGUGCUUUGGGGAGCUGGUGCGAAGAACAGGUCUGUGAUUGUGACAAGAGCACCACUCUCUGCCUGGAAAGGAACCUGAAGACGUUCAACAGCCGCUACGUUCGCUACCGAGACAGCAAGUGCACAGGAUUCACACCCAGGUGCUAGGGGCCACCCUGUCCCCAGCCCAUUAUUUUACUGACUGCCCAGCUGACAAGAGUUUGCACAUGCUGUUUCCCCAGGACCAGUGAGCCAGGAGCGGGACUGUAGAAUGGACUGUGACCUCUGAGUGCUUUGCUACAGAGGACAAGAGAAAUUCCAGGGAACUGCUUUUAAAUAGUCCAGCAGCUCUACCUUAAAGUGGGUCACUAGAGCAGACCAGACCGGAAGAGAACCACGUCAGAUGGCUGGUCGCCAAUAUAAGAAGGAUGGUUGAGAUACUGGGUUGGGUUCAAUUCCUGGCUCUGGCACUGACUUCCUGUGUGACCUUGACCAAGUGCAGAUUUUAAAAGGCACUUAGGCACCUAACUCCCAUUGGAACCCAUGGGACUUAGGUGCCUAAGUACCUUUAUGAAUCUGGGCUAUAAUCGCUCUAUGCCUCAGUUUGCCCCUCUGUAACAUGGGGAUAAUAGUCCUUUCUUUGCCUGUGUCUGUAGAGUGUAAGGGACUGUCUCUUCCUAUGUGUUUGUACAGCACCUAGCAUGAUAGGGCUUUGAUCUCAGUUUUGUCCCAGAAGUGCUACUGGGAUAUAUAUAAUACUACAGUACUAAACAUGGUGACUACGGACCAUUUGGUUGAACUGGGAUUCUCCUAGGAUUGCUGGCAUAAGCUCCCCAUUGUUUAAUAUUCUGGUUACAGAUUCAUUUCCUUCACUUUAGUUACCAUGCUGUUCCCUUUCCUUUGCUUCUAAAUAAAAGUGAGCAGAACACCUUAUUCUGCAGCACAGGACAGUCUGUUGAACCAAUUCCCCCCCCAAAGGUUUUUUUUAGAGCAGGGUUUGUGCAGCACAAUGGGGCACUGCUCUGGUUGGGUGUUGCUGUGAAGACUAGUGCAAUACUAAUCACAAAGCAGCCCUCCGGGCCAUGACCUGGCCCACUCUUACCCUCAGUUGCAAGCAUUGUCGGGAACCACUGGAGCCAAGAGACCUCUGGAGUGGAAAGCAUAGGGCUGACUGAUUUCUAUACCUGGCAUCAGCCCUCUUCUGUGGAAGUGCCUCAGGCAAGGAUGGGUGAGGCCACACACAAAGCAUGACUCAGU